AGUAUGAGAGGUAUUGCACCUCCUUGCACUUGCACGCCACCAGGCACCAGCAGCCGGAGGAUAAGCUCCAUUUCAAAAAGGCAGGAGGAGGAAGAAUCUACGCCAAUGCUGCGCCCCCAUCCUCUCCUCCGCUUCGAAUCUCUCCCAAACCUUCUUCCCUCCCGAUUUCCCCUCUCCCUCUCCCUAAAUGGACCCCGAACCUUCAAACCCUGCUCUCCUCCGCGCACUCUAUGCACCGCCUCGCAAUUUGAACUGGAUCUGGACCGGAUGCUGGCCGUUCUGACGGAGGACAAGCGGCGGAUGCUGGCGGAACAUCCGGAGUUCGGGGAUUUAAUAGAGGUCGUCAUAGACUUGGGGCGGAAACCGUUGGCUCGAUUCCCCGAUGGGGAUCUCGUCCUGUCGGAACACCCCAUCACCGUGGAGGAUAUUCAGCACGCCGUUUCGCAAGUUGGGGACUUUGCAGUUGAUAAUCGAGCUGGAAUCAGCCGCACAUUGCAUCGUAUCAGUGCCAUUAGGAACCGGAAGGGAAAAAUCAUUGGUUUAACUUGCCGUGUUGGUCGGGCUUUGCCAGGAAGUGCUAACUCUUUGCGAGAUUUGAUUGAGGAUGGAGCGUCCUUGUUGCUGAUCGGGCCUCCCGGGGUUGGGAAAACCACAAUAAUCAGGGACAUAGCUCGCAUGCUUGCAAACGACUAUAAGAAGCGUGUAAUGAUUGUUGACACGUCAAAUGAAAUUGGUGGCGAUGGAGACAUUCCUCAUGCAGGGAUAGGGGAUGCACGUCGGAUGCAAGUCCCUCAUUCUGAUGAACAACAUAAGGUGCUGAUAGAAGCUGUCGAGAAUCAUAUGCCACAAGUGAUUGUGAUAGAUGAAAUCGGUACGAAACUUGAGGCUGCUGCUGCUUGUACUAUUUCACAGCGUGGAAUUCAGCUUGUUGGAACGGCUCAUGGUGUAACGUUUGAAAAUGUGGUGAUGAAUCCUGCUUUAGAGAUGCUUGUUGGAGGAGUGCAGAGUGUAACAUUAGGAGAUGAAGAGGCAAGUAGAAGACGCGUUCAGAAGACAGUGUUGGAGAGGAAAGGACCAUCGCCUUUCAGUUGUGGAGUAGAGAUAAUUACUAAGGCUGAACUACGAGUUCAUCGUCAUUUAGAAGCGACAGUAGAUGCUAUACUUCAAGGGCGUAGACCAAAUUUUGAGGUUCGCCGAACACACCCGCGGCCAUCGGAUGAACUUGAAUCAGGAUCACUCAUCUAUGAUUCCACUGAGCCAAGUACGAAUAAUGGUAUUGACGAUAAAUGUGAAAACAAGGAUGUUACCCCUAAUGACGACGAAACUGUUGCAGAAGAAAAUUCAUUGAAAGACAAGACUGCUCUGUGUAUCUUCCUUUAUGGGAUAUCAGAGACGAGUGCGAUACAAGGAAUAAGGCAGCUAAACUUAGAUGAAACAUUUGAAUUCACAGACAACAUCAGCGAAGCAGAUGUGUUACUAGCUUCGCAGUCCAAACUCAGGAAGAAUGCUCAGCUUCAAGCUGCUGCAAGAUCUCGUGGCAUUCCGACUUAUGUUACCAAGACGAGUUCGUUGUCCCAAAUAUCCAAGGCUGUGCAAGCUCUAAUGUCUGACUAUGCUGAUGGUUUUGAAUCCUAUGAAUCAAAAGUGAAGGCAAAUGAUGCUGAAAAGAUCGAUGCCUUAGAGGAAGCAAGAAUUGCAAUAGAGCAAAUAGUUAUUUCCAAGCGGGAGCCGGUUGAUCUUCUACCUCGUGCAUCUAAUAUCUUGUUGCUUCAAAAGGAUCUCAUUCGCAAAUACAAUCUUAAGUCAGAAAGAUUUGUUUCUGAGGAUGGUCUGCAGCAUCUUCGAAUCCUUCCUUUACCGAAUGUGAGUGAUGAGUUCGAAGAUGCUGAUGAUGCCACAAGCCUUGGAAACUUCUAUGGUUCAGCUGAUGAAAGCAAUGGGUCGGCAUAUUCUGUAGAAAGAUUACCUCUCCUCCCGGACUAGACAACAAAAACUUGUCAUCUGUUUCGACUCCAAAUCAAAAGAGUAGAAAGGAACAGGUGGUUGCAGAAAUGUCAUUGGAGGCCGUACAAUCAGAUAAAGUUGCUGUAAGAUUAAUUAUUCUCGACGUGUAUAUAUUUAUGUGUAUACAAAACCGACCUCAUAAUUAGCAUGGGAUACCAUCAUUGUAAAGCAUAGAUUUAACUCAUUAUUUUACGGUGCAAAUUGGUUAUGUUUUUAACAAAAUAUAUUACUAUAUAUAAUCGUAAAAUACAAGCACACCCACCCUAAGCCAUCCAAAAAGAACAGCCUAGCUAAGAGAUAUGUAUAUUUUAU